AUGCUGAGCACCACCCGCUUCUUGCUGCCGCCUCGCAGCACUACUUGUCUUCCUUGCGGCCGGGCUUCGCUCCGGUUCCUGCGCUGGGUGUGCCGCUGCCAGUUGUUCCUGCUGGGUCGGAGCCAUGACUGCGACUGUGUGGAGUGCUACAGCCCCAUACUUCCCAUUGCCUCCAGCUGUUGCACCGAAGUUUCACAUCAUAUUUCCAGAAGGCUUCUGGAAAGAGUGACUACGUGUCGCAUUCAGAGGGCCGAUGGGGAUUGUGACCUGGCCGCUGUCAUUCUUCAUGUCAGGCGCAGAAGAAUCUGUGCCAGCCCGCACAGCCAUACUGUUAAGCAGUGGAUGAAAGCACAAGCAGUCAAGAAAAAUGCUAAAGGCAACAUUUGCCAUAAGAAGAGUCACCACAGCAAGAGGACCAGUAAAGGGGAACAGCAGGGGACACAUGAAACAUCUGGUCAUAGAACUCCUUAUUAGAGAGCUGACAAAUUAAUCUACAAUGGUGGUUCCUGCAGGAAACUUGGCCAUGGCUGAUUAUAAAUUUCCCAUUUGUAAUAUUCCUUAUUGGAAUCCAACAGGGCAAAACAAAAUACUGUUUUCUUUUAAAGAAAUGUUUAUACAGUAUGCAAACAUAACUAAUACGUUCAACUGAAAAAUGAAAUGGAAAGAUAAUACUUAUCAUCAGAUAAUAUUUUAAAAGGAGCAUGUUAAUGUAAUUUCCCCUAUUUUUUAUUAUGCAUUUUCCCCACACCUACAGAAAAGUUGAAAGAAUGGGACAAUGAACACCUGUAUACCUUUCAUCCAGAUUAAUCAUUGCUCAUAUCUUGUCACAUUUGCUCUCUGUCUGUAUAUGUGUAUACAAAAAUAUUUUUAAAAUAUUAUGUACGUAUGUACUUUUUUCUGAACCAUUUGAACAUGAGUUACAAACAUUAUGACACUUUACCUCUAAAUUCUUUUUAGUGUUAUAACUUGACAUCACCCAAGAAUUAAUACACUUCCGUACAUCAUCCCAUUAACAGUUUUACACAUAAAAAUUAACAGUAAUUCCAUCUAAUAGAUAUGUAGUCCAUAUUAAAACUUCCCAACUAUUUCCAGAGCAUUUUAUAUAGUUGAUUUUUUCUUUUUCCCCCAAUCCAGGAACCAGUCAAUGUUUACACUUGUCCUUUAAUUGCUAUAUCUCUUUAGUAUCUUCUUUUUUCCCUUCUAUUUUUCCAUGGCAAGGACGUUCUUAAAAGAGUCUAGGCUGGAAUCUGUUCCACAUUCUGGGUUUGUCUAAGAUUCAGGGUUAAUAGUUUUGGCAACAAUGCUUCCUAUAUGAAUUUGUGUCUUAUUGCAUUUGGAGGCUAGUGUUCAUUUUCUAGACCAAAAAUUUUAAGCUGAAUAUCAUUUUUAGAAGAGUUUGAGUAGAUUGUUGUUGUUGUUAGGUGCCCUCGAGUUGGUUGUGACUCAUAGCAACCCUAUGUACAACAGAAUGAAUACUGCCAAGUCCUGCAUCAACCUUACAAUCCUUGUUAUGCUCAAGACCAUUGUUGUAGCCACUGUUGUCAGUUCAUCUUGUCAAGGGCCUUCCUCUUUUUCGAUGACUCUCUACCAAGCAUGAUGUCUUUCUACAGGAACUGAUCCCUCCUGAUAACAUGUCCAAAGUACAUGAGAAGAGGUGUCACUACCCUUGCUUCUAAGGAGCUUUCUAGCUGUACUUCUUCCAAGACAUCUGUUCGUUCUUCUGUCAGUCCAUGGUCUAUUCAACAUUCUCUGCCAACACCAUAAUUCAAAGGCAUCGAUUCUUCUCCAGUCUUCCUUAUUCACGGUCCAGCUUUUGCAUGCAUAGAUUAAAAAAAAAAAAAUUUUUUUUUUUUUUUAAUAGAUAAGGUGACUGAAAAUACCAUGGGUUGGCUCAGGAGCACCUUAGUCCUCAAAGCGACAUCUUUGCUUUUUAACACUCGAGAGAGGGCUUUUGCA